AUGGCAGCCCAGCCGGAGCUGGAGCAGAUCCUGGCGCUCUUGCUGCAGCCUGACAACGCCGUCAUCCAACAGGCAACAGCGCAGCUGAAAGAAUUACUAAAGCAACCGGCAGCUCUUUCCCACCUCUGCCAUGUCAUGACACAUUCACAAGACCCUCAGAUCCAGCAGUUUGCCGCCGUGUUGCUGAGACGGCGGCUGAGCAAGCACUGGAAGAAAAUUGCCGCAGCGGAUCAAGAGAUGCUCAAAACCCUGGUGCUAAACAGCUUGCAACAGCAGACAGACCAUAAAGUCUCCCUGGGCUUAGCCCAGCUGGCGGCCGUCAUCUUGAAGAACGAGACCUUGGAGAAGUGGCCCCAGAUGCUUCAGAGCAUUCAGCACGGGGCCCGCUCCCGAGACCCCAGCAGGUGCCAGAUGGCGUUGCUGCUGCUGCAGUCGGCUCUGGAUCUGGACCCAGACCAGUUCUCUCCCUACUACAAAGAUCUCCUGCGCCUCUUCCAUCAGACGCUCAACAACCGGAGUCAGCCGUCCGUCCUUUACUACUCCCUCCGGAGCUUGACUGCCGUGGUAGGAGGGCUGAGCUCUGACGAAGUGACUCUGAUGUCUUCCAUGGUGCCCAAGGUGAUAGCAGCCAUCCGGGAACUCAUUCACGUGAACGAGGUCCACGCAAGCGAAGCGAUGGAGGUUUUUGACGAACUCCUGGAGACGGAAGUCGCCAUCGUGGUCCAGCAUCUCUCUGAAGUCGUGAACUUCUGCCUGGAGGCCAUCCUGAAGCACAAGCUCCUCUCGCCCCUCCUGGCCGCCCUCUUCCCCAUCAUGAGCGCGGAGCCUCCCCCCGGCCAGAUGGACACGGAGGACGAGCUGACCGAGGAGGAGAUCGAAGACCAGGCCGAGGUCCAGAAGCCCAAACACUUCGCCGUCCAGGUGGUGGACAUGCUGGCACUCUACCUGCCCCCAGAGAAGCUCUUCCCCCAGCUGACCCCUCUAAUGGAACCGGCCCUUUUGAGCCCCAACCCUUACCACCGCAAGGCCGGGCUCAUGUGCUUGGCGGUGCUGGCCGAAGGCUGCGGGGAUCACAUCCGCAACAAGCACCUUCAGCCCAUGUUGCAGGUGGUGUGUCGAGCACUGGCAGACGACAGCCAGGUGGUACGCAACGCUGCGCUCUUCGCCUUGGGCCAGUUCUCCGAGAAUCUGCAGCCGGACAUCGCUCGUUUUUCGGACGACAUCAUGCCCCUCCUACUACAUUACCUGGAGGGGGUCCAGCUAACCAACACCACCCACCUGGCGAAGGCUUACUACGCUCUGGAGAACUUCGUGGAGAAUCUGG